AUGAGAACAAAUGAUGCCGAUGUCUUACAGGCACCAAAAGGCACAUUGACACCUGCCAACGAUUCACCCAGUCCGAGCUCACCGGACAUUAUCUCCCCCGAGGACAAGAACAACCCAAUACCAACGAGCAAAACACGAAUCCUGCUUGGGAAGAUAUUUUGGACACCACCAUGGUGUAGAUAUGACCCUAAUAGUCCACCUCAGUUCUCGCUAUUUCAAAAUGUGCUCUUUGCUUUUGCUGGAGCGUUCACCGUUGCCAACCUGUACUACAACCAUCCAAUCCUGAACAUAUUGGCUAGGGACUUCAAUGUCUCCUAUAUCGAGGUCUCGCGAGUUCCUACACUAGCCCAGAGCGGUUAUGCUGUUGGACUGCUGCUCAUCUGUCCCUUGGGCGAUCUGUUUCCUCGACGACCAUACACCCUCAUUCUUGUCUUCUUCACGGCGACAUUAUGGAUAGUGCUGUGCGUCACGUCUUCAUUCACCAUCUUUCUUGCCAUCACCUUCGUAACUGCCAUCACGACAGUCACACCACAGAUCAUGCUUCCUCUAGUGGGUGAACUGGCACCACCGAAUCGACGCCCUUUGGCACUGAGCAUCGUGGUCUCCGGCAACCUCCUCGGUAUCGUUAUAGCACGCAUCCUCUCUGGCGUGGUAGCACAAUACACAGCCUGGCGCAACAUCUACUGGAUCGCUUUAUGCCUUCAAUACACCAUCUUCAUCGCCUUGUACCUGUUCAUGCCGGCAUAUCCAAGCACCAACCCCCUUCCACCAGGCAAUCGCCUCAAAGCUUUUGUAAAGGAGUACCCGAAGCUGCUCUUCAGCAUCCUACAGUUGGCAUUCCGCCACCCAGUUUUGGUGCAAGCAGGUCUGAUCAGCUUCUGUACAAGCGGCGCCUUUACAUGCUACUGGACAACACUGACUUUCCUCCUCUCAUCACCACCGUAUUCACUGCCUCCCACCCCUAUCGGCCUGUUCGGACUCAUUGGUGUGGCAGGCAUAUUCCUAGGCCCUCUGUACGCAAAAUACCUCAUCCAACCCCUCAAGAUACCACUCUACUCAGUCCUAGUCGGCGAAGGGGUCAAUCUCAUCGGCUGCUGCAUAGGCACAUAUACAGGCACAUUAACCCUCGCUGGCCCCAUAAUACAAGCUUUCGGUCUUGACGCAGGUCUACAAAUCACACAAAUCGCCAAUCGAAGCGCUAUCUACGGCGUGGCUACAGACGCGAGAAAUCGAGUCAAUACUGUGUUCAUGCUGUGUACGUUCUUGGGACAAAUCACGGGUACUAGUGCUGGCAACGAAAUAUACGAGAGAUAUGGAGGGUGGACAAGUAGUGGGAGUUUGGGUGUCGCGGUUGUAGCAUUCAGCUUUCUUGUUGUGAUGGCGAGAGGACCUCACGAGACAGGGUGGAUUGGAUGGUCAGGCGGAUGGGGGAAGAAGAGUAAUGAAAGCGUGGAGGUGGAGAAGUCGGAAGCAGACAGGGAUACUAAGGAAGAGGAGAAGAACGUAGCGAGACUAGAAAAAGAUGGUAUCUGGGACGAGGAGAACGGCAGUCCCAAGGAGCUGCAAGAUCUAGAACAGCUGAGAGUCCCUUCUCGAUCAAGAGACCGAAGGUUUCUGACGAGGCAGCAGAGCCAUGGUAGCGAUGGACAUGUCAUAUAUGGGGACGAUAGAUCUAGAUAG